UGUAUAUUGUUUGUUUGCGCUGUAUUAGUCGUUUCGGUUUCCUCAAGAUAAGCAGUUAUUUUAUGAAUUUCAAUCCAGACGGUGGAAGAUUUUUAGAAUAAAUUUAAUUAAAAAUGUUAAGAAAUGUAUUAAAAAGUAGAAAUUCUUUAGCCAAAUUGAAUUGGCAGCCAAUACAAAAGAGUAUAUCAUUAAAGGCGGCGAUUGGAAACAGACGUAAUUUGGGUUUGCAGCAUGGUCAAAAUGAUCCGUAUUAUGCGGGUACCAUGGCGGAAGUCAAAGAAGAAGCCAUGAAACGUUUAGGUCUAGAAAGCGGCUACUCACCAGUGCCCAAAACACGUGAACAUCUUUUGAAAUAUACGCCAACACCUUCCGAUUUACCACCGCGUUCUAUGCAGGACUCUUUUACCUCUGCCAUUUUGCCCUUAAGUGAGGAUAAGAGUUUGCAAGAUAAAUACAUUUCAUUUUUGGGUAAUGUCCGUCUGGGACGUCUGAUGGAGGAUAUGGAUAUGUUUGCCGUCUGGGUUUGUCAUCAACAUAUUAAACCCAACAAUCUACCCGAAAAUGUGCCUUUGCCCUAUACUUUUGUUACUAUUUUAGUAGAUAAAAUAACAUUUUCCGGUGUCAGAGCUAAAGGCACUGAAGAUAUUAGAAUAUCGGGUCAUGUCUCAUGGGUGGGUAAGAGUUCUAUGGAAAUUGUGGUUUGGAUAGAACAACAUGAUCAUAAUGUUUGGAGGAAAAUCACUAAAGCUUUAUUUUUAAUGGCUGCCCGUAAUGCCACUAAUACCGCGGCUGCCCCCGUCAAUCCCAUACAGCCGGCAAAUGAAGAAGAAACCAAGAUCUUAAAUGGCGGAGAAGAACGUAAAAAACGUCGUCAAAUACUACAAGCCUCUUCGAUUUUUAAAGUAGAACCCAACAAUCAUGAACAAUCUUUGAUGUACAAUUUAUUUAAGCGCACUACUCCCCAAACUACCAUGGAAUUGAAUAAACGUAUAUUGCCGCCCAAAUGUCGCUGGAUGUCUGAUUCGUUUGUCACCAAUACCAUGGCCUCAUUUCCCGAAAAUCGUAAUGCUCAAAAUACUGUCUUUGGUGGUUUUCUAAUGCGCAAUGCUUUGGAAAUCAGCUGGGUGGGUGCCAGUCUCUAUUGUAAAAGUCGCCCUAAGCUAGAGCAUAUUUCUGAUAUUAGUUUUGAACAGCCAGUUAGUGUUAAUUCGAUUAUUAAAAUGACUGCCUAUGUGGUCUAUACCGAUGUUAAUUAUUUACAAAUGAUGACUGUGGCCGAUGUUAUAGAUGCGGCUACCGGUAAUCAAUUGACUUCAAAUGUUUUCUAUUAUACAUUUUCCUCAACGGAAGAAGUGCCCGAAGUUUUACCCAGAUCUUAUCAUGAAACUAUGUGGUAUAUACAAGGACGUCGUAAAUUUAAAUAUGCUUUGGGUAUGGAGUGAUUUGAAGAGAUUUUUUGUUAUGAUGAAAUGUUAUAGAAAGUAAAUAGUUGAAAUUUGUUUGUUACUUAUUUAGGAUAAAAAGUGCUUAAAUAUAAAUAUUUUUAAAUUGA